AUGGGUGGCCCGCUUGUCGGCUCCUCCAGCUCGACGAUGGUCGUAACACCGAACGUAACGAACCUGACGCUCGCGCUCGACGAAAUGGCCGUCCUGGCCGUGAAUGUAACGCUGACGACGAUGCCGACGAUGGCGCCGACGAUGGUGAGCGGCAACGAGGACAUCAUUUACUCAUCGAAACUGCUGCAGAUCGUGUUCUGUGUCCUGUACUCGAGCAUCUUCGUGCUCGGAGUGUUCGGCAACGUGCUCGUUUGCUACGUCGUCUUCCGCAACAAGGCCAUGCAAACGGUGACGAAUCUGUUCAUCACCAACCUGGCCCUCUCGGACAUUCUGCUGUGCGUGCUGGCCGUUCCGUUCACGCCGUCCUACACGUUCCUUGGGGGCUGGGUGUUUGGCAAACUGCUUUGUCACACGCUGCCCCUUGCACAGGGCUGCAGCGUCUACAUAUCGACCCUGACGCUUACGUCGAUCGCGAUCGAUCGGUUCUUCGUGAUCAUCUACCCGUUUCACCCGCGCAUGAAGCUCUCGACCUGCGUCACGAUCAUCGUGCUGAUUUGGUCCUUUGCCAUCCUGGUUACGAUGCCGUAUGGGCUGUAUAUGCGCCUGCACGGCGAGCCGGCCAACGGGACCGACUCGGUCCCGCCGAGCAGCGCCAUGUACUGCGAGGAGCAGUGGCCCUCGGAGGACAUGCGCAAAACGUUCUCGAUCGUCACCUCGAUCCUGCAGUUCGUCUUGCCGUUCCUCAUUAUGGCCUGUUGCUACGUGUGCGUGUCGAUCCGGUUGAACGAUCGGGCGCGCACCAAGCCGGGCAGCAAGACAUCACGCCGUGAGGAAGCGGACCGCGACCGGAAGAAGCGCACCAACCGGAUGCUGAUCUCGAUGGUGGCCAUCUUCGGUAUCUCGUGGUUGCCACUCAAUCUGGUCAACAUGUGCAACGAUUUCUACUCGGACAUCAACGGGUGGCGGUUCUAUAAUCUGUUCUUCUUCAUCGCCCACCUGACGGCGAUGUCGUCGACCUGCUACAACCCGUUCCUGUACGCCUGGCUGAACGAUAACUUCCGGAAGGAGUUCAAGCAGGUCCUACCGUGCUUCGAUCCGUCCCGGGGUCGCCGGGGCACCCUGAAUGGCACCCGUGGCGGUGGUGGUGGCGGUGGCGGUGGCUGGCGUUCGGAGCAGCGAACUUGUAACGGCAACAAUGACACCGUACAGGAGACCCUUAUCCCGAGUUCCCAGGUGAUGGCCAGUAGUCGCAGCUCGCAGCAGCAGCAGUCGGCACCGAGCGUCGACUCGAUCCUGCUGUCCGAGGUCAGUCCCCCGGUGCCGGCGCCCGUGCUGCCGAGUGUCCAGAGUGCCGAAACUGUGAUACUGCCGUCGGGUGUCCUGGAGACUCCGUUCGAUUUGCAACUGGUGCCACCGGGAGUGACGGUCAACGGUGGUCACAACGGAGGCGGUGUCGGUGUAGUCAACGGAAGACUGGGCCACGGCGGUGGCGGCGGCGGUGGCAGUAACUCCAAGCUGUCCUCGCUGAUCCUCAUCAACGAUGGUACGACGGCCGACUCGAAAGUGCCCGCCAUUCUCUAG